AUGUCGUCUAAAGGGGCGGAGCGGUUUAAAGAAACUGUUGAAGCAUAUCAGGAUAGACUUCAUGAAUACUGGGGAAUGAUUCAAAGAACAAUUAAUGAAAAUGAAGUAACCUCUUCCCUAGACCAUCUGAAAUACAAAUUGCUGAAAUCAUCUGUGUUGGAUCAGUUCAAAAAAUUGGACAGCACUUCCGCAGAAUUUAUAAGAUUUUUGGAAGGGUCGAAAGUAACAGAAAGUGAGAAUCUCCUAAAAACAGUCACAGAAUUCACCAAUGAAAAGAGACAGAUCGCAAAUCAGUUUAUUGAAAAAUUAAAGUCUUUGCGUCCUGAAGGGUCUUUAGUCCAUUCAAAUUCACAAACAUGUAGGUCCAGCAGCUCUAUUGCUAAGCUUCAGGCUAUAAAAAUGAAAGCGGUAUUUGCUGAGAGAGAGGCUGAGCUUGAACGGCAAAGAGUAGCACUGCAAGAAAAAGAAGCAAUAACGGCUGCCGAGACAUCUAGAAAGAAGGCAGAUUUAGAAAUAGACAUGAAACUUUUGCAACAGAAAAAAGAGGCAGCCAUAGUUGAAGCUGAACUUAAUUCGGUACACAGUGAUAGUGAACUAGGUGAUUUCGACUCGGUGGCCACCGAAGACCCAGAGAUAAAAACAGCAAACUAUGUAAACAAACUUACAGUCACUGAUGCGACAGAUAAAGUGAAUUUGUGCCAUGUUCAAACACCGAAUGCAGCAGGAGAUUUCACAAAAUUUCUGUUUAAGAGAGAUCUACUCAUGUCACGUUUAACUGUAUUUAAUGAACAGCCAGAAAGCUACCAAUCAUGGAAGCAAACUUUCAAAUGUGUUGUCACAGACAUAGAUGCCUCACCAUUGGAGGAAACAGACUUGCUUAUAAAAUGGUUGGGAUUGAACUCUCGCAGACAAGCAACGUCAUUAAAAGCAGCAUACAUCAGCAACCCAUAUGAAGGCUUAGUCAAAAUUUGGGAAAGAUUAGACGAGAGAUUUGGUGCCCCUGAAACAGUGUACCACUCAACAGUCAAGAAGCUGGAAUCUUUUCCAAAGUUAACAGUGAAGACAUACAACAAACUGUAUGAUCUUUCCGACAUACUUUCAGAAAUAGAAGGGCUACAGAAAGAUCCCAGAUACAGCACAACGCUUUCCUACUUCGAUGCCGCAGUUGGAGUGAACCCCAUAGUUAGCAAGCUGCCUCACCAACUCCAAGAAAGAUGGACAACUUAUGCAACAAGUUACAAGACAAAACAUUGUGUCAGUUAUCCGCCAUUCACAGCAUUUGCGCAUUUUAUUCGGGAGCAAAGCAAAGUUCGGAAUGAUCCAAGUUUCGCGUUCGAAGAAUUGGUAUCAAGAUCAGUAUCAAAUCGUGGAGAGAGGCCAGUUAUUGCGAGAAAGACUGAUGUUGAAGCGAGGUGCCCCAUACACAGAACUCAACAUGCUUUAGAAAAGUGUAGAGUGUUCAGCACCAUGAGCACUAGUGAUAAGAAAAAGUUACUUAGUGAAAAGCGGUUAUGUUUCAAGUGUUUUAGUAGUACACAUGUUGCUAGAAAAUGUAAUAGUGAUAUUAAAUGUAGCAUUUGUUCACGUGAUACACAUUGUACAAUUAUGCAUGUUGAUACACGGGAAAAGCCAGUCGUUCAAGGUGGGGAGGGGGGAAAUGUUGGCAGUACCAAUGCAAAGUGCACCGAAGUCUGCAAUGAUAGUUUUGGGGGAAAAUCAUGCGCAAAGAUUGUUUUGGUUAAUACUUAUAGUAUUUCUGCUCCUGAGAGAAAAAUGAAAGUGUAUGCUAUUCUUGAUGAACAGAGUAAUGGUACUCUAGCAAAGCCCGAGCUAUUCAACUCACUGUCUCUGAAUGGUCCGCGCGUUGAAUAUACCUUGAAUACUUGUUCAGGCUCCUUGGUGGUAGAUGGUCGCAGGGCUCACGACCUUGUUAUUGAGUCGCUUGAUGGGUCUGUAAGCUAUCAGCUCCCAGAUGUAUUUGAAUGUACUCACAUUCCUGAUAACCGUGAGGAGAUUCCUGUCCCUCAGGUUGCUCUUCACCAUCCUCACUUAGAGAGCAUAUCCUCAUGUAUUCCAGACUUAGAUGAGGGUGCCUCUAUCUUACUCUUGGUAGGUAGAGAUUUGUUGGAAGCCCACCAUAUCUUAGAGCAGUGCAUCGGUCCCCCUGGUACCCCUUACGCCCAGCGCCUUAGUCUUGGGUGGGUGAUUAUUGGGGAAGUUUGUCUCGGUAAGGUUCACACUCCGCGAAAGGUUUCAGUGAAUAAGACCUUUGUUGUAGGUGAUGGUAGGACAUCCAUACUGCCUCCGUGUACGAGCAAAUUCCACAUUGAGAAAGACAGCUUCGAGUUUGACUCUAGUUAUAUGUAUGACCCCGUGUUCGUCACUACUCCCAGUGACAAUAAACCUUCCUUAUCAGUGGAAGAUAGAGAAUUCCUUACCAUUAUGGACCAAGAGUUUUCCUUGGGUUCUGAUCGUAGGUGGGUAGCACCUCUCCCGUUCAAAUCUCCCAAACCUAGGUUGCCUAGCAACAGAGAUCAAGCCUUGAGACGUGCGAAAUCUUUAGAGACAAGUCUCUCAAAGAAUCCAGUGAAGAAGCAGCAUUUUCUAGACUUUAUGUCCAAGUUAUUUUCAAGUGGCCAUGCUGAGCUUGCCCCCAAGCUUGCAGAGAAUGCAGAGUGUUGGUACUUACCUAUCUUUGGGGUAUACCACCCAAAGAAGCCGGGUAAAAUCAGGGUUGUGUUUGAUUCUUCCUCAAAAUGUGAUGGUGUGUCCUUGAACUCGGUUCUCCUACAGGGUCAAGACCUUACCAAUAGCUUAUUGGGUGUAUUGAUGCGGUUCAGGCGUGAUCUGGUUGCCAUUUCUGCAGACAUUGAGCAGAUGUUUUAUUGUUUUAGUGUGGCUGAACACCAUAGAGACUUUCUGCGUUUUAUCUGGCACAAGGAUAAUGACCCCUCUAAGCCCUUAGUUGAUUACCGCAUGACUAGACAUGUGUUUGGAAAUAGUCCGUCCCCAGCUGUGGCAACGUAUGGCCUGAGAAAGGCCGCAGAAUCAGCUGAUCAAGAUGUCAAGGACUUUGUGUGCCAGAAUUUUUAUGUUGACGAUGGCCUUACCUCAUGCCCCUCAGCCUCAGUUGCCAUAGAUUUGCUUCAGAGAACUAGGGCCACUUUAGCAGUCACAGGUUUGAAUCUCAACAAGAUAGCAUCCAAUGACCCUGAUGUAAUUAAGGGUUUCCCAAGGAAAGAUUUGGCCACAGAUCUGUCCCGUGUAGACUUUGAACAUGAGAACUUACCUGCUCAGCGUAGUUUAGGUGUCGAAUGGGAUCUAGAACAAGAUAGUUUUACCUUUACCUGCAAGAUUCAGGACAGACCUAUAACCAAGCGAGGCUUACUUUCUGCUAUUCAUAGCAUUUUUGACCCCCUUGGCUUUCUAGCCCCAGUACUGAUUAGCGCCCGACUCAUCUUACGGGAUGUAAUGUUAUGCAAGUUUGGCUGGGAUGAACCUUUGCCACCAGAGACCUAUAGACAGUGGGAAAGUUGGCAGAAAAACCUCCUUCAUUUAGAAGGCAUUCGGAUACCUAGGUGCUUGUUUUCGCUGUCGCUUGGUUCAUUGUCUGAUUUCGAGCUCCACACUUUUUCAGAUGCCAGUGAGAAGGCGAUAGCAGCUAUUGUUUUUCUAGUUGCGAAUUCAGAAGGUGGCAAAAGGCAUGUGAGUUUCAUUAUGGGAAAAUCAAAGGUUGCCCCAAACAGCGGUCAUACAAUUCCCCGCCUAGAACUUUGUGCUGCAGUCCUUGCCACUGAAUUGUACCAGAUUGUUGCGGAGAAUAUGCACAUAGACAUCCGUAGUUCGCAUUUCUAUACUGACAGUAAAGUUGUUUUGGGAUACAUUUGGAACCAAGCUAGAAGGUUUUACACGUAUGUAAGCAAUCGUGUGCAGAAGGUAAGGCAGGUCUCUUCCCCCCAGCAGUGGCAAUAUGUCGCCACCAACUUAAACCCUGCUGAUGUUGGAACCAGAGGUGUAAACUCUUCACAGUUACAAGAUAGUGUUUGGUUAUCAGGUCCCAAAUUUCUAUCUGAUGGUAAGACUACACAGACAGAGUUCUUUCCCCUACUUGAGCCAGACCUAGAUAAGGAGAUUCGCACUCGGGUUGCCGUUAAAACAACUGUGGUCUCGGAAGGAAUUAAUCCAAAAAGUAGUCUUGGUUCUGGUAGGUUCACUAGGUUCUCAGAUUGGUCAAGACUUGUUUCUGCACUCUGCACACUCUGGCAUAUUGCAGUAUCUUUUCAUGAGAAGGGGCAGUGUCGUGGCUGGCAUGCAUGUAGUGAAUCUAAAAGUGUAGAAAUGAAGCGACAGGUUGAGACUCUGAUCGUCAGGGAAGUACAGCAAACACUAUACCAACAGGAAAUCACCUCCCUUUUGGCAGGUAGACCUGUGCCCAAGACCAGUUCUAUUCUCCGUCUUGACCCUUACUUAGACCAGGAGGGAAUGCUGCGCGUAGGUGGACGACUAAGCAAAAGCACCUUGUCGGACAAGGAAAAACACCCUUUGUUGUUGCCUGGAAAACACCAUGUGUCAAAGUUGUUGGUCACCCAUAUUCAUAACUCCAUCAAGCACCAAGGUCGCCUUAUAACCGAAGGCGCUAUAAGAUCUGCUGGUUUUUGGGUCACUGGUGCAAAACGUAUUGUCUCCACACUUCUCCGCAGUUGCGUUGUUUGCCGUAAGCUUAGAGGCCGGUUUGAAUACCAGAAAAUGUCCGAUCUACCUGUUGACCGCGUUAAAGAAGCAAAGCCCUUUUCCUUUGUAGGUGUAGACGUUUUCGGCCCGUGGCAGAUUGUGUCACGUCGUACCCGGGGAGGCCAAGCCAAUUCAAAACGUUGGGCUGUCAUCUUUACUUGUCUUACUAUCCGCGCAGUUCACAUUGAGAUAAUUGAGGAAAUGACUUCUUCCGCAUUCAUCAACGCGCUUCGCAGGUUUAUUGCUAUUAGGGGCAAGGUCACGCAGUACAGGUCUGAUAGGGGUACCAACUUUGUUGGGGCCACAGACAAGUUAGGCAUUGACGCCAUUAAUGUGGAAGACGCUGAGAUAAAGAAGUAUCUUUUUGACUCUGACGCAGUCUGGGUCUUCAACCCUCCUCAUAGCUCCCACAUGGGAGGAGUCUGGGAGCGAAUGAUAGGGAUUUCGCGGCGUAUUCUAGAUUCUAUGCUCUUAAAGACACCAAACCUUACCCAUGAUGUCUUGGUCACACUAAUGGCAGAAGUGAGUGCCAUAGUAAAUGCUCGGCCAAUAGUCCCUGUCUCAGAUGAUGCUGAAUGUCCAGACAUUCUUAGUCCUUCUGCGUUACUUACCAUUAAGCUCCAAACAAGUCAGCCCAUUUCAGAGUGCAUGUCGUUAAAAAACCUAUAUAAGGACCAAUGGCGACGUGUUCAGUUUCUGGCAGAGCAAUUUUGGGUCCGGUGGCGACGCGACUAUCUCCAGUCCCUACAGUCCAGGCCUAAAUGGCUAAAUGAAGAAGUCCCACUUAAGGUAGAUGAUAUAGUCCUUUUGAAGGAUAGUCAGGCUCCGCGCAAUAGUUGGCCAAUGGCUAGGGUAUCGCAAAUCUUUCCAAGCUCAGACAACAGAAUUCGCAAGGUCGAGAUUAGUUUCUUUAGGGAGGGAAAACAGAUAUUCCUUACUAGGCCUGUGGUAGAGUUAGUGGUACUUGUGAGAGCAUAA